ACCGGAAGCAGUUGGUGCCCGGCUCGCGGCGCUGGUCUCGAGCUCCUCUCAGCUCGGAGAAGACGCGCAGAGAAAGAAGAUGGCGGCGCUACGAGUCGCGGUGUCGGGGAGCGGCAGAGUUCUGCUGAGCGCGCCCAGAACUAUCCACACCCCGAAGGCAAACAUGUCCUUCGCCAGCCUGCCACGAAACAAGAAGGUCGCCCUGACGACACUAGGCGUGGUCGCGGCCGGCGGCGCGGGGCUCGCUCUGAUGCUGCACCAGUCAGUUAAAGCCUCCGACCUGGAGCUCCACCCGCCUCAAUACCCCUGGAGCCACGGCGGACCUCUGUCCUCUUUGGACCACGCUAGUGUUCGUCGGGGGUACCAGGUGUAUAAGCAGGUGUGUUCAGCCUGCCACAGUAUGGAGUACCUGGCCUUCAGAAAUCUGGUGGGAGUGUCGCACACAGAAGCCGAGGUCAAGGUCAUCGCUGAGGAGAUCGAGGUCGUGGACGGACCCGAUGAGAGCGGAGAGAUGUUCACUCGGCCAGGAAAGCUCUCCGACUACUUCCCAAAGCCCUACCCCAACCCUGAGGCAGCCCGGGCGGCCAACAACGGAGCCAUGCCUCCAGAUCUCAGCUACAUCGUCAACGCCAGGCACGGAGGAGAGGACUACGUGUUCAGCCUGCUAACAGGAUACUGCGAACCUCCAGCCGGAGUGUCCGUGAGAGAGGGACUCUACUACAACCCAUACUUCCCCGGACAGGCCAUCGGCAUGGCCCCGCCUAUCUACAACGAGGUGCUGGAGUUUGAUGACGGAACCCCUGCCACCAUGAGCCAGGUGGCUAAAGAUGUGUGUACUUUCUUGAGGUGGGCUGCCGAGCCGGAGCACGACCAACGCAAACGCAUGGGACUGAAGUUGCUGAUGGGCUCGGCCAUCCUCGUCCCUCUGCUCUACUACUUGAAGAGACACCGGUGGUCAGUGCUGAAGAGCAGGAAGAUCGCCUACAGGCCUCCCAAGUAAACAAGCGCACCCCUACCCAGGCUUAACACCUACCAAAAGAGGCGCCGCGUUCAACGACCCCGCAACGCUCUCGUCACAACGAUCAACGUGGACACGGAACAAAUGAAACACACACAUGCCUUUCUGAGGACGGGGUGUAGAGUGUAUAUAUAUACGAUGUUUAUCCUGCAGAGAAAUGCCUUUGUUAGCUGCUGGCGUGGUAGAACUGUGUGACAGCUUUCCCUCCAUCCGGAAUCUUGUGGUGCGAGUUUGUGUCAGAGAGUUGUGGCGUCCUUGAACGCACCCUCAGCAAAGUUUAUGUUUGUUGUACGACAUGACGUAUCGGACGCUUUGUCACGAUCGACAGAGUUGAUCGAUUGUCCAUCUUUGUAAGAUACUCAAUAAACCACACGAGCGCUGAGAAACGGUCGACCUCAAAGUUUCAAACAUCCUGGGUGUGUAAAUCCAUCGUCCCCUGUCCGUGGAUCAAACGCAGCCUCUGAACCUGUUUUACUGUACAAAAUGAAAAAUAAAUUAUCUUAAAGGAAA